UGAUGUCGGAAUACAUUCUGUGGACGGGCAAUAUCACUGGUCAAGGUUUUCCAGAUUUCAAAGAGAAUACUAUCGGAGGCUUGGUGUGGUAUAACUUUGAUAUGCGGCGUUCAUUAGAAAUCUCAAUGAUAGACAACCUACCGAGAAAUUUCAAACAAUUUGCUUUCUACUGUUUCUAUGACGAUGUGAAGAUGAGCUUUUUGCAUCUUGAAGCGCCGAUGUGUAAUAUUCAAUCUGUUACAACUGGAUCAAGAAUACAUAUGAGGCAUGUUCGAGGCCGUUUCAUCACACUGGUAUUUGAAUCAAGGAAGAGCGUUCAUUAUCGAAUGAGUAACGUAUCUUUCGAAUUCUAUAUUUCGAACAAAGAAGCACUAGGAGGUGAAUUAUGUAAUGAAGAUCUUGGAAUGGCAGAUGGAAGUAUUUCAGACUCAAGGAUAACUUCUUCCUCAUCACUUCCGCAGCAUUUGCCAUCAUCAGCAAGACCCUUUAGGUCCGGUUGGUGCCAUAAUAUGUCUGACUAUACACCUUGGAUUUUGGUUGAUUUAAUGGCCAUAACCACGAUCGAAGGAGUGAGACUUUGGAAUGGGCGAGACAAUGAUCAUGACACGAGAUAUUCCUCAUUACGUUUGUAUUAUGGCACAAGAAUAGACGAACUACAGAUGUACACGGAUACGUUAUACAAAAUAGACGCAUCUAUGUUUGAGGUACAGAUAUUUAUGAUUCCGAAGCCAAUCCAAACUAGAUUCAUAAAGUUUUUGGGUCCACAGAAUGAUACAUUUGGAAAAGAGAGAUGCUUAAGAUUUGAAUUGCAAGGUUGUAAGCUUUCAGGUGUACCAGCUUUAAACUGCCAUAGUUCGUUUGACAUGUUUCCAGUAGAAACCGAAAUAAAAUCUGAAAACCAAUCAAUAGUUGGCGGCAAAAAUAUUGAAGAAUGCAAUAAUCUUUGCCAAAGAAAUAAUCAUUGUUCUGUGGCUAGUAUAAGCGAUAAAGGACUCUGUGUUCAAUAUAUGAGAAGUCAGGUCGGGUUAUGGAAAAUGAAUCAUGACGUCACUGGCCACUGGUUUGCAAAACUAUGUAGCGAAGGUAUUGUGGAGUUGUUUCCAGGUUUCAAUGAUCGAAAUGGAGAAGUAUUCAGAAAUGUGCAAUACAUCUCUACGACCUCAAUUAUAACCUCUAUUGGUUACCCAUUUUCAACGAAGAUAACAUAUGAAUAUACAUGGAUAGUAAAUUUCAAUAAACAGCGUUAUGUGCGAUUCGUUUUCACAAAUGUUUCUAUGGCACCGGAGAAGAAUUCCUGUAAUGACAGACUUUUCAUCGGCACAGAUUUGCAAAACUAUACAAAAGGAUCAACUGUUGAUGACAGUUUUAAUGACAUUGUAUUUGUUAUUGAAACAAGCGAAAGUCUUGUGAUUGUGACGUUUAUUCCAUGUUUUGACGUAAUCACAUCUAGCAAAUUCCGUGCAAUCAUUACUGGUGAAGAGACACCUGCCUGCUUUUCGAUCGAUCUAGAUAUGCAUAACCGCUUAAGAAAAGGAAGACAUGAAAACUGCAAUAAACCGAAGAUGAUUCUCACUUCUCUUUCCAUUCUUAAUCUGCCAUUUGUAAAUGUCGAAGAAAGAUUCGAAAUCUUUGCUGGUCGUCAUCAUAGCAUUCAGAUAGAAUUUAUUGACUUCUAUAUUGUCUGCCCACGAGAUCAAGCAGAGAUUCGCUCGAAGUUUACAGUAAUUGAACAUCUUUAUGAUGACAAAACCUAUUGCAACACGGACAUGCCACCAAAAACUAUCAUCUCAAAAGGAUCAAGAGUCUCGAUUAUUUUUAGAAAGUACGAAGAUUCCGAGAAAAAGUUUAUGAGAACAGAGGGAUUUCGUCUGAAGUAUUAUACAGUUACCCAUUCAUUUAAAAACAUGACAAGUUACACAGGCCCAGUACCGACAAAGAGAAUUGUUUUGCAUGGCAAGCAUUUAAAGGUUGGAAGGCCAAAUAGCACGAAAGCGUGUUCACGGGCAUUUAAGAAAUGCUACAAUUUAUUUUCUGCGAUGAGUUCUUGGACUGAGGCAAACUCUGUAUGUCUGGAACUGUAUCAGCAUCUUGUUACGGUACACUCGAGGAGUGAACUGCAGUACAUUCAUUACUUACUACGCGGGCAGAGAUACAAAGACAUACGGACAGGGAGCGAGAACCAAGAUGAAAGCUUUAGAGCACAUAUUGGCCUGAGACGUUUUACAGACAAACAUAGAAGAAAGAAAUACACUUGGAUGAACAACGUUGACGUUACCUUUACUGCAUGGAAAAGCGGAUACCCUUCAUUUGGAGACUGCACUAAAACAUACUUUCAGCCUUUCAAUGCUGGCAAUACUUGGGAAUCAGAGGACUGUACAACUGGAUUAGCGCAAUAUUUUAUCUGCCAAUCACAGAUAGAAUGGGGAAAUGAAAUGCAAUCCGAAAUAAAAGAAGACAUUUGUGAGAGUGUUGUUCGGAAGGAGAAACAAAUGGUAUUUUCUUCAUACUCCGGAAAGAAAUGUCAGAGUUGGAAUCAUCUUAACGAAGACGCUAUGCGUGAUUUUGAUGAGGAGUUAUCCAGCUUUCCACUUCCAACGGAGGCUCCAAAUCAUUGUGCAGAUCCUUCUUCACUUGGUCUUUUGUGGUGUUAUGUGCAAGAGCCAGACCAGGAUUUGCGGGAGCCAUGUUUUUUGCAAACGGCAAACUAUUCCGACAGCUAUAAAGGUUGCUACGUAGACAAAGUAGACAGAAUCCUCGAACUGAAACUUCCAGAUUCACAAACUAACAGUGGUUACACAUGUAAACACAGGUGUACGGUGUCUCAAUACCAAUACGCUGGUACCGAGUAUGCGAAGCAAUGUUUCUGUGGACAUAAACUAAAAUACUUUGAGAAAAAACCUGAUUCGGAAUGCAAUAUGAAAUGUCCAGGCAAUGUAGAUGAAUAUUGUGGAGGGUCAUGGCGGAUAUCUAUCUAUGACAUUGGGGGUAUGCUAGAAAACGCUUCAGAUUUCAAUUCUAGCAUCUCAGAACAAACGAGUGCUGAUGUUUUUAAUUGCUCGAGUGGAUCUACAAUACCUGCAGUUAACGUGUGUGACAAAACAUUUGACUGUCUGGACUUUUCGGAUGAGCUUUCCUGCAUGGGGAAAAUCAAAGAUCAUAGCCUCACAAACUUUAGUAGAUCGACAUCUACAUCAGUUUUACCUGCAAGACUUGAAGAAGGGGCCUAUCAUCUUUGCGGAAGCAGCAAUGAAUGGAUAUCUAUUUUAGCCAAAUGUGAUGGCGUUAUCGACUGUCUAGAUGCUUCGGAUGAGAUUCUUUGUUCACAUGACCACAGAGAAUGUCAGGAAAACGAGUUUUCUUGUGGCGACGGUCACUGUAUUCAACUCAGUCAAGUCUGCGACUUCAUACCUGACUGUACAGAAGCAAACGACGAGUUUUGUGAAUUUCGACCAUGCAGUUUUGAUGAAUAUUCCUGUGGCAACAAGCAAUGCAUUCCGAUAAGCCAGAGAUGUAACGCUGUUCCAGACUGCAUUGAUAAUAGCGAUGAAAUGGAUUGUGACAUGUGUAGACAUUCAUUUCACUGCGAUAUUGACAAAUGUAUCCCACAUCGACUUGUAUGUGACAACUACCCGGACUGUGACGACGGCAGUGACGAAAAAUUUUGUCGUAUGAAGGAAGGAACGUCCUGCGAAGAUUGGUGGGAAAGAGGAUAUCACACGUCAGGAAAAUAUUUGAUAAACGGGUUAUAUGUGUACUGUGAUUUCUCAUCGAUGGAUACUGCUCCUAGUAGAAUAACAUUCCAACUUCGGGAUAUAGAUCUGAAUGUUGCAGAAGAUGCAUUUUACACAAGGACUGCGACAUCAUAUCAUUUGCCACUGGUACACAGUUAUCAGGUUCAAAACAUGAUAUAUAAAAGCCACUACACUUGUUUACUAGAGGUGAAAAGUACUUGUCGCUUUCCAUAUCAAAUGACGGCACAUAUUGAUAAGAUAAACUACGGGUUUGUGGUCCCAUUUUGCCGUUGUCUUAUAGAGACAUUUGAGGCUAAAGCGGUAGAGGAAGUUAGAGUAAUGUAUGAACCUCAAUUUCCGGGUUUUCACCACAGGUAUGGGAUGUUUGGAUCCGGCCGUCACAGUUAUGGGAUGCAUGGAUUCGGCUAUAGCAGGGGGUGGAGGCUACAACCAGUCUAUACAACAAUAUAUGUGUAUAACCUAAACACGUUUUCCGUACGAUAUUGUGAUAAUAUCACGGAAUCAACAGGGGUAGAUAUAAACAAAUAUUACACUGUAGAAGAUGGAAGUGAGUUCAGUGUUUCCGAACAAUUGGUACAAAGAGUUGUCCCGGUAGACAUUACAGCUGGGCCUAUUACGUGCAGUUAUGAAUACAAUUCUGGCGGAUCGUCUAAACAGUUUGAUUGUAGAAAUGACAAUACGACGAUACCGUUGUCAAUGGUAUGCCUUUAUGAUGUAGAUGCUGCAAAAUAUAUGACCGGAUGUAGAUCAGGAGAGCAUUUGCAAAACUGUGGUAAUGUGUCUUGUCCGGAAAAUACCGUCAAGUGUCCCGGAAGUUAUUGCAUUCCAUUACGAUUUGUUUGCGAUGGUAGAAAUCAGUGUCCUGGAGGAGAAGACGAGCAUGAUUGUGCUUGUACAGACGAAAGUAGGGAGGUCAUUUUACUGAUUGAGGACACCUCAAGUCAGCUGGAAAGCAAAACUGCUGCUGUAAGCUUAGCUAAACAGUUUUUCACCAGUCGAAGUAUCGUUAGGCUACUUUUUUACAAGAGUCAACCUCGUUUAAAGGACUUUACCCUUACACACAGAGUGUUGGAAAUACAAGAAGAACGUGUCAGUCAGUUUAAUGAAAUCAAAUGUCGGUAUAAAUCGGCUGCUAGAGAUUUAUUACGGAAAUUACAGUUUUCAAAAACACAUUCAAAUGGUAUUGUCUUUAUUGAGGAUAGUAUGGAGUCAUCUAUAGUAGCACAGUUACUGCUGUCAAAUCUUUCGAAACCAGCAUUUUCAAUAUAUAGGAUCAUUAAGGACUACAGUCUUGCGUUAAAUAAACCAAAUCUAUACAAGUUUGUAAAAGAUGUACACAUCAGCAGAUGGGGCUCAUUAUUGUCGACUGGAUACAGAUUAUUUCCGGAAAUAUGCACAGAGGCUUCGCACGUUCCAUGUUUUGGAAGAUACAGGUGCUCCUCAAGCAAGCAAUGUAUACCACUUGAAGAAAUAUGUGAUGGGGUCGUUCACUGUAGCAAUGGUGAUGACGAGCGACUGUGUGAUUUUGUCUGUCCACAAAAAUGCAAAUGUGUUGGUCAGACGAUCAACUGUCAAGCGAAAAACUUCAACAUGACUGAUGUUAACACAAUGUCAAUACACACGCGAAGUGCAGACUUAAGUAGGAAUUCUGGUAUCAAAGAUAUAAUAUCCCAGGACAACUUACGCUUUCCUUUCAUGUUAAGACUUAAUAUAUCUUCAAGUGAAAUCAAAAUAGUAAACAGUAUGGCCUUCUUUCAUAUAAACAAUCUGAUAACUCUAGAUAUAGCAAACAACAGAAUCGAAGUGCUGCCAGAGAAUGCAUUCGGAAAUCUACAUCAUCUUACCUUCCUAAAUUUAGACGGCAAUUUUGAGUUGAGAGUGGUUUCAUCGUCAACAUUUCGAGGUUUAAGAAAUAUCAGAAGUUUGAGAUUAUCUAGGACAAAACUAAAAAUUAUAUCUUCUUUGACAUUUUCUGACUUGAACUUGCAAAGUAUAGAUAUUUCUAACAAUGAAAUUGAGGAAAUUGAGAAUUAUGCUUUCAAUAACACAUCGGUUCAGAAGAUAAACUUUGAAGGCAACAGGGUAUUCAAAUUUGGUGAAUUCAUUUUCAAUGGUGUUACAUCGCUACAAGAGCUACGUACGCCCGCUUUUAAAUUCUGCUGCAUUCGUCCAUGUUACAUAGGCGAGGAUAAGUGUUACCCGUCAAAAAAUGAGUUUUCGUCGUGCGAAGACCUUAUGAGAAAUUCAGUUCUACAGGCAGUUUUAUGGCUUGUUGGGAUAACCUCGUUAUUCGGAAACCUUGGAUCUAUUGUUUAUCGACUUGUGUACGAUCGCGAGAGACUGAAAAUUGGUUAUGGAAUAUUUGUGACGAAUUUAGCAGCAGCAGAUUUCCUCAUGGGUGUGUAUCUCAUCAUUAUAGCGGUCGUCGAUUCGCUUUACAGAAACAGAUACAUUUUUAUGGAUGAUCAAUGGAGAAAAAGCGUAUGGUGUACCAUUGCUGGUGUGUUGUCGACCGUAUCUUCUGAAGCAAGUGUCCUCUUUCUUUGCCUGAUAACAUUGGACAGACUCCUGGUCAUUAAGUACCCUUUUGGAACAAUAAGAUUUGGACCACUGAAAGCUUAUGUUUGUUGUGGUAUAAGCUGGAUAACUGCCAUAGCUCUUGCAGUCAUUCCAACUAUUUACACUAGUUAUUUUCAAAGCAGAUUCUACUCUAAAACGGGCGUAUGUAUUGCAUUACCAUUAACGCGGGAUAAGCCGCCUGGCUGGAUAUACUCUGUCUCAAUAUUUGUUGGCUUAAACUUCUGCACGUUCAUUAUUGUGGCAUUUGGACAGGUCUCUAUUUUCACAGAGCUUCGAAGAGCUACAUAUGGCAUGAAGAAAACCCAAAAGUCAAGGAGGCGUGAUCUACAAGUUGCCAGAAAUCUCAUUCUUGUUGCCACAACGGAUUUCCUCUGCUGGUUUCCAGUAGGAGUUAUGGGUAUAAUGGCACUAAAUGGUCAUCCAAUUUCUGGCGAUGUAUAUGCAUGGACGGCAGUUUUCAUUUUGCCCAUUAAUUCUGCACUUAACCCGAUUUUAUAUACACUGACUGCAAUUAUCGGGAAGAAGAGUUUUAAUCCAAGCAUUGAAGAACAGAGUAGAACUGAAGUCCAGAGAGAAAUCGGUUCGGCAAUUUUACAGUACCAGAAUUUAAGCUCAUUUGUACGGAUGAAACGAGAAGCCGUGACUCUCGGUAAAACACAAAGCAUAAAAGAGAUACUGGAUUACGAUGGCAACUUGCCUGUUGCGACGGUUACAGCAGUGUCCUGGAAACUUGCAGACUACAUGCGACUGUUACACGAGUCGUAUGUUGGUAUCGAGAAAAUAUCCGAAGAAAAUACUUAUAUCGGGGUUGAUAAGAAAAAGGCAAAAAGAACAAGAAUUGUCAUCGAUUCAAAAGCGUCGCUAAUUGCGGACGAACGAAUGAUGCAGGAGAAUAUUCGUCAAUUUGGAAUUCUGCUUCGAAGAAUGAUUGCGAAAUGUGAGGUGGACAGAAAGACAAUGUAAUGUUAUAUGAAUUCGAGCACAGAAGUCGGUUUGAAAACCGGAAAAUUGUGCCACUGGCUUGGCAAAGAAAAGCAAUGUGGACAAAAUUAGUUAGUUUACUUUAUAUAUUUAGAUGCUAGUUUUAUCAUUUUGAUUCUAAAAAAUGUUUAAAAAAUUUAAAAAAACAAAAAACAAAACAAUUUUGCUACUAAGUAUUUUAUGUGUUGUACCGGCUUGUCAUAGUUAAUAACGUGAGUAUUUUACAGUUUAUGAGGUGAAAUCGAACAUCAUUUCAGUAAAAUGUCAAUAAGAUAAAAUAUUCCAGAAAUAUUGAUAAAUAUUUAGAUAUCAUUGUUCGGAGAAUAACUUUAGACAUCUUUACUUAGCAUAAACCAUCCUGGUAUUUCGAUAUGAUGUGAAUAUUUCAAACAAGUUUUUGUUGUUGUUGACCUUUUAUAUUUUAGAUAGAGGAUAACACUCUUAUUCUGCUAAUAUUUCUCAAUUUGUUUUUAAUGAUUUUCUCAAAUGUCUAUAUAUUUUAGGCGCACAAAGGUAUGGAAGCUCUUUUUGUCUUUCAGUUUGUAACAUUCCACCUAAUCAAAGGUUUUCGAAACUUCUCAGACAAAUUGAUCUGUUUGUAAAAGAUUAAAGAACAAGAAAUGUCACAAUUAGGUAGUAUACACCACUUUUCCUAAUCACAUUAAUAUUUCAUUUACUCUACAUCCUCGUUCCACCUUAUCUCACUCAAUACCUUACAAAUUGUAAAAUACCUAAGCAAUUUCAUUAAACAGGGUGUUAUUAUGUGGAUUAAAACGUUUUAUCUAUAUAUUAUGCCUACAACAGACAUCGUUUUAUUUAUUUUAUCAAACAAUGUUUUAAGGAACUGAAAAACUAAGUUAAUUAGAAAUAGUAUCAUUUCGUAUUUUAUUCAAUAGUGUGCUGUUGUUUUGAUACAGAUGUAAGAGUAAAUUUGAAAGCAUUUUUGACAGUCUGACAAGACUUGAAGUUCUGUUGUUUGCUGUAAAUUGUUCGGUAUUAAUCAAGUAAUGAUGAGGUAGGAAAUCUACAGUCGUAGAAUAGCAUCAAAAUAAUGAUAACGAUCCGUUUGGCUUUAACUGCCUUUUACAUACAUCAUUACAUUACGUUCAUGUUGUUUUAAUAUUGUUAAUUUUUCUUGUUAUCUUGAUUUUUUUAUGCAUAUUUUUUUCAAAGUUAUUAUCAUGUUUUUAUAUAGUGUAAAAUAUGUUUUAUUAUACUUUCACCAAGCCUUCGGAGAGGAAACAAUAUAGGAAUCACUACUGUCCGGCAAGCUCCGCCCUAUUCUUUCGCGUCCGAAUCGCUUUCCUUGAAUACGCCCGAACCAAGACAGAUAAUUAUUUGAAACGUAACAUUUUAACAUUUUUAGAUCAUUUUAAACACCAGCUUCUGUUCACUUGUGGAAGUCUCGAUAUUGGCAUUUCACUUCGACACAAUAACAAUGUAUUCCCCUUUUAGACUUGGAAAAUGUGGCAAACUUCUUUUUUAAUAGCAAUAGAGCGAACCGACAUAGAUAGCAUGGUUAGAGGAUCAAAUGACAAGUUUUGCUCCACUUUUAACUUGGUAAAUGCCCAAAGAUCCAUUACUGGGCCUCUCACUUUGACUAAGGUUUUCUCUUUCUUGAAAAUAUGGCAGCCUAUCUUGUUUUCCUUAAAUAGCUAUUAAAAUGUCAUUAGAACUUCGCGCAGAGCUCUCCACUCAUAUUGAACGGAAACUGAUAAGUCUGACUGCUCUUUUUAGAAACAGACUGUUUUUGAAACCGUCAGUUGUCAAAAACUUGUGUGGGAAAUUAUGCGGCCAUAUAGUUUCGGAGCUGUUUACAUGCAGAACUUUCUUAAUUAAACAGGGUAAUUAUUUAGACAACAUCUCUUAUGAUUCCGAAUACAAUGGUUUUCGUUUUUAGGGGUGAUUUAAUGAGGGGUACACGCGUGUUAACAAAAAGAUACUUGCGCAAAUACCUCGUUCCAUAUAAGCGUUACGUGGCAAAGCAUAAUAUUAUUCCGCCCCAUUAACGGACAAUUAAAAAGGAAAAUAUGUCAGGGUGAUCAAACAACGCUGACAUUCACGCGCAUAAUACGUUGAUGGACAAUAUAUUGUCUUUUUACUGUUUUACACAUUUAAACUUAUAAAGCUAGACUGACGUUAGCUUUUAGCAUGUUACAUGUUCAUUUCUUGCUAUAACAUCUGCAGAACUCCUAAAAUACGUCGGUUCCCUCGCCUUACCGAGCUUGAACACCAACCAUCCCCUCGGGAUUCUAUGGAUCUUAUGACACGAUAAACAUGCCUUAUAUCUACAUUAUAACCUUUUCAAACAGGAUUUGUGCUGGGGGUAUGAAACAGCUUUAAUAUUGAUAUGAUUGUUGUGGUGACGGUUACUAAACCAUAUAUAACAGGAUUUGUGCUGGGGGUAUGAAACAACUUUAAUAUUGAUAUGAGUGUUGUGGUGACGGUUACUAAACCAUAUAUAACAGGAUUUGUGCUGGGGGUAUGAAACAACUUUAAUAUUGAUAUGAGUGUUGUGGUGACGGUUACUAAACCAUAUAUAACAGGAUUUGUGCUGGGGGUAUGAAACAACUUUAAUAUUGAUAUGAGUGUUGUGGUGACGGUUACUAAACCAUAUAUAACAGGAUUUGUGCUGGGGGUAUGAAACAACUCUAAUAUUGAUAUGAUUGUUGUGGUGACGGUUACUAAACCAUAUAUAACAGGAUUUGUGCUGGGGGUAUGAAACAACUUUAAUAUUGAUAUGAGUGUUGUGGUGACGGUUACUAAACCAUAUAUUAUUUACAAGUAUUUAUACCAAUGUAUGUGCUUUGUUGAAAAAAAAUGUUUUUGUAUGUAUUAUAUCUGUUAAAUGUUCACGAAAAAGAAAUUAUUCACACAACUAUUUUGUGCUUAAAAUGUUUUAUCCAAUUUUAUCUUAUUACAAUUUGUUGUUGUUUUUGAGGAAGUCGUUGCUGAUGUUUCAGUAAUUUUGUGAUGAUGAUGAGAUCGAGGGUUCAUAUUAUGAAAGUAUGAUGUACAAGACAUUGUUUUCGUUAGUAUAAUAUCGUUGAUAAUAAUAAUUUAUCAUUGAGUGGAUCAAGUUGGACAAACGAAUUGAUUUUUUUAUUACAGUGUAUUAUGUCAAUAACUUUGUUAAAAAUGCAAUUGCUACAUGCAGAUUUUCAUCGAAAUAAAUGUAAACAAGUCGCAUCUGAAAUCGAUGUUUUAGAUUGAAAGCUAAAACAACCAUUGUACCGGUGUUGUUUUCAUUAUUUUGUUUGUUUUAUUAUAUUAGUUUAUGUAAUUUUUUUUUUGGUAAAUAAUUUUAAAUGUUGUCAGUAUAUUUUCCGUUUAUAUUUGACCAUGUACAGAUUUUCAAAUUCUUCUGUUCCUAAUUUAUAAAGAGUGUGUUACACGCAGAGAUAUUGUUUGUUUUUUUGUUUGUUUUUUAUUUUGUUUUUCUUUUUACAUCAAAUCAAAUAAUUCGGGGAAGUGCUGUUUUAUAAAAAAUAUUUAGCCUGAAUCUAAAAAAAACAAAGACAAAUAUCAAACAAGGAAUGUCACGUACCAAAAUCUCAGCCUCCCCAAAACAAAACCUACAGCACGCAGACGCGCACACCACAAACACAUACACACAUACACGUGCACACACACAAAGCCAACACACGAGGACCAGAAUCAUCAUAUCUUACUUCUAUCCCGAUAAUUAAAACAAUCAUUUUUAGCUCACCUGUCACAUAGUGACAGGGUAAGCUUUUGUGAUCGCCCUUCGUCCGUCGUCCGUCCAAAUUUUAUUAUGAACACGAUAGACACCACAUUUAGCAAUUAUUUUAAUAAAAAUCCUGUUGGCAUAAUAUCUUGAUUCCUUUAAAAAAAUCUGGCUAGAUUCCAUCAUGGGUUCCAGAGUUAUGAACCCUUAAAGGGACGAAAUUUGUUAUUUUGGCUUGCAAACAUGAUAUAGACCACAUUUUGCACUUGAUUUAAAUCAUAUUUGCACACAACCUGUAUUGGCAUAAUAUCUCGGUUCCUUUUGAACACUGGCCGGAUCCUGUCACGAGUUCCAGAGUUAUGACCCUUAAAGGACCAAUUUGCUUUUUUGGCUGGUAAACAUUUUGCACAUAACUUGUAUUUACAUAACAUCUCGGUCCCUUAGGAAAACUGGCCAGAUCCCAUCAUGGGUUCCAGAGUUAUGGCCCUUAAAGGGCCAAACUUUUUCUUUUUUGACCUUUGCAGGUAUAUAGAGACUUGAUUUUUGGUUUGAUUUAAUACAGUCACAAGCAAAAUAUCUUUAACAAUAACAGAUCUUGGAUUCCAUGACAAAUCCAUCAGAUCCAAUCAUAGGUUCUGGAGUUAUGGACCCUGACUGACCCCUGAAAGAGCCAAAAUUUGUUAAUUUGUACAUUGUGAACACGACAGAAGUGACAUUUUACAUUCGAUUUUAACCAUAUUUACAUACAACUUAAGUCACAUUUAGAUCUCGGUUCCUUUCGAAUACAGGCCAGAUUCCAUCGUCGGUUCUGCCACUGAAAAGGGCAAAAUAAUCUACGUUUGCCUUUUAUGCCAUAUAAAGGUUUCUUUUAUGCUUUGAUUGGAUACAAAUUUUCAUUGAAUGUUUAUCUUGAUGAUCUCUUACCUACAUUUUUCAUUUUUGAAGAUAUAGCGUAUAAAUUUGAAAUACAUGUAUUAUGUUUGAUACAGAUUUCAAUACUUACCUUGAAUAUUUUUAAUCAUGACCUACUGACCUACUUCUUGUUUUUGAAAGUACAGCAUAGAAAUUUAUUUCACAUAACUCUCGAUACAGAUAUUUAUACUCAUCUUUAAUAUUCUUAACCCUGACCUACUGACCUGCUUUCUUGUUUUCGAAGAUACAGCAUAGAAAUUUUGAUCACAUUUAUAACUCUCGAUAUAGAUUUCAAUACUCAUCUUUAAUAUUCUUAACCUUGACUUACCGACCUUCUUUCUUGUUCUUGAAGCUACAAAAAAGUGAUUUAGACCGUCUGUAUAUAGUUUGAUACAGAUUUUAUUACUCAUCUUGAAUAUUCUUAAUUGUGACCUACUGACCUACAUUCUUGUUUUUGAAGUUACAGCAUAGACAUUUUGAUCACAUAACUCUCGAUACAGAUUUCAGUACUCAUAAUUGAUAUUCUUAACCCUGACCUACUGACCUACUUUCUUGUUUUUGAAGAUACAGCACAGAAAUUUCGAUCACAUUUAUAACUCUCGAUACAGAUUUCAAUACUCGUCUUUAAUAUUCUUAACCCUGACUUACUGACCUACUUUCUUGUCUUUGAAGCUACCAAAAGAGAUUUGGACCGUCUGUAUAUAGUUUGAUACAGAUUUCAUUACUCAUCUUGAAUAUUCUUAAUUUUGACUUUCUGACCUACAUUCUUGUUUGUGAAGUAACAACAAAGGACACAUGUAUAAUGUUUGAUACAGAUUUCAGUUCUCCUCUUAUUAUAAAUAGUAUUAAUCGUGACCUACUGACCUACUUGUUCUUAAUUUACAGCAUAGAAAUUUGGAACACCUGUAUAACUUGUGAUACAGAUUUCAAUACUCACCUUUUGACCUAUCGAACUUACUUUCUUGUUUUUGAAGGUACAGCAUGGAAAUUUAGACCAACUGUAUAUAUUUUUAACAAAUUUCAGUAGCUUUCAUCAAUACUCUUUACCAUGACCUACUCACCAUGUUUUUAUUUUUUAAGCUUUAGCAAAGAAAUUUGUUCAAGCAAGCAACUAAAGUCAGGUGAGCUAUGACCCUCUGGUUUAACAUUUUAGAUUUAUUUCACAUAGUAUGACCUAUUACAUUUUAGAGCUAGUUUACAGAUGUAUAUUUAAGUAUAAGUAUAUUCUAUAGAGUUAAAGAAUUUAAAAAAAAUCAUGACUGUUAUGCUUUGAUUUUAUGCUUUUAAUGUCAACUCAACCCUUUCACAAUGUAUUUUACUUUUUUGUUGAAAUAAAAUGUCUU